AUGCAGAUACACACAACGCUUCCCUUUGCACGCACUCCAACAAGGGUCCCUCACCUCAUGCCGCCACCCAAAUCCGCCCUUUCGGUCUCACCACAGCCGCUCAAAGAGCGGAGGACCCACUCCAUGCCUCCUGAAAAGUUAGAGGUUUUCAGGUCGCUGGAGGGCUGGGCCUCGCAGUGGGUCCUACCCCUGCUGAAGCCCGUCGAGAAAAGUUGGCAGCCCGAAAGUUUCGUCCCCGACCCGUCGUUGCCGUUCGAAGAGUUCGUGGAUGAGGUCAAGGCUCUCCGCGACCGCACCAAGGAGCUAUCCGACGAGUACUUCUUGGUGUUAGUAGGUGACAUGAUCACAGAGGAAGCGCUUCCCACUUACCAGACCAUAAUGAACAGCCUCGACGGUGUGAAAGACGAGUACGGAACAUGCCCAAGCCCGUGGGCCGUAUGGACUCGGGCCUGGUCCGCCGAAGAAAACAGACAUGGGGAUUUACUCAGAACUUACUUGUACCUUUCUGGUCGUGUUGACAUGAAGAUGAUCGAAAAGACCAUUCAGUACCUCAUUGCCGCUGGCAUGGACCCUGGUUUCGAGAACAACCCGUACCUGGGGUAUGUGUACACGUCAUUCCAAGAGCGAGCGACGUUCGUGUCGCACGGGAACACGGCUCGGCUUGCGAAGGAGUGCGGUGAUCCAGUGCUGGCGCGCGUAUGCGGAGCCAUUGCCGCGGACGAGAAGCGGCACGAGAAGGCGUACUCAAGGAUCGUGGAGAAGCUUCUAGAAGUGGACCCGACCGGAGCAAUGGUGGCCAUAGGAACCAUGUUGGAGAGAAAGAUCACGAUGCCGGCGCACCUUAUGUACGAUGGAGAGGACCCCAAGCUAUUCGAGCACUACGCGGCGGUGGCGCAGCGUGUGGGCGUGUACACGGCCAACGACUAUGCGAACAUCUUGGAGUUUCUGAUCGGACAGUGGAGGUUGGAGAAGCUGGAAGGUUUGACGGGAGAGGGAAAGCGGGCGCAGGAUUACGUGUGCGGGUUAGCACCGAGGAUUAGGAAGUUGCAAGAACGCGCUGAUGAGCGAGCGCGUAAGAUGAAACCUCGUGGCGUGAAGUUCAGCUGGAUCUUCAAUAAAGAGGUGCAUUUAAUUAUUGGAAGAGGUUUACGAGACUUUGAAGAAUUUCAAAAGUCUUAUGGGCUGAAACAACUUAGUCUUGAGUGGUAUGAAGCUGACCUAGGCCUUUCAAUAUCCCUUGAUAUCAUGAUGCAGCUUAGCUUCGAAACCAGCGUCACCCUUUCGAUUAUAUGGGACUGA